GUUCAUCAGCCUCCUCCUCAGUGUCUGCCGUGCUGUGGCUGAGAGUUCAGGGGCACACGGCUCUGCGGUUAAGGACUCUGGAGCCCACGUUCCUCUGAAGGGGAUCCAAGGAGGUUCUGUCUUGUUUGAUGUGACCCAGAAGGCAGGAGCAGUUCUGGAAACUGAGGUGGAGGAGCUCUUAUGGAGCUUUACCCCGGAGUCAGACUACAGAGUCAUGUUUCGAAUCCAGAGAGGCGUCCAUUCUCCAACCUGGUUCAGCCUCCAGGACAAAUUCAAGGAGAGGGUCCAGGUGCCCAACUUGGCCUCCCUGAGGAUUUCCAACCUGAGCCUUGAGGACAGUGGGCAUUACCGAGCUCAAACCAGGUUAACGGAAGGAAGAGAAGUUUUGCAGUUUUUCCACCUUACUGUCUAUGAUCCCGUGCCCCAUCCCCACAUCCUGGCUCAGUCACCAUCCAUCGCAGCAGGCUGGUGCAACGUCACCCUGGAGUGCAGGGCCCCAGGGGCCACAAGGGACCUGAACGUGACCUGGGAGAGCAGGGGCCUCCCCCUGGAGCUGGGGCAGAGAGGGACACCAGGACCAGCCCUUGACUCCUGGACCCUGGCUGCAAGCCUUCCCCUGAGUCAGCCCAACGUCAGCUUCACCUGUGUGAUCAGCAAUCUCAUGGACCAGAAAACUGUCACCAGAGAUGUUGGGGACAUCUGUGCCCAAGGUGAGUGGGAAGGGGGACCUGGAGUUCAGGCAGCAUGGGGGCCUGCGGGUCUGGGCUUUUCUCCCUGUCAUGUGUAUUAGCGACAAUGUCCACCUGGUCACCUACUCAGACGCCUGAGAGUCCCAGUGACCUCACUUCAGCCUUUGAGCAUCUCUCCCAUCCAUGCCCUCCUCUGCCAACCACCCACCAUGUCCCUGCUGGUCCAGGCUGCAGCCUUCCUAUGACUCUCCCACCCCAUUUGUCCUCAAACACUCGUCCAGAGUGGGCUAUGGGGAAAGCAGAUGGGAUUGUGUCAUUGUCUGUGUCAUCUGUGGGAACCUGAUUCCAGCCCCCGCUGUAGGAUUUGUAUCUUAGAUAUUCCUCUACCCACAUUGCUGGUCUCACCCACUCGCUUCACACCAA